AUGGCAGUGACGACCUCUUACGCCGCUGUGACGUUGCAAAAAAGCAGUUUUGCAUGGCAUACUAUCUGCGCUAUCCUACACAAUGUAGAUAUCAAAGCCUUGACAGGAAAACCGGCUGAGGCGGAUGAAGCGGUACCUGACAGGAUCAGGCGCCAUUUAGAGGCAAGCCGGUCGCACGGUGAUUAUCGACGAGCCUUCCAGGACGCCUCUACCUUGCAGGAUUGGAGCGUGCUUCACGCAUUUUUCGCGACAUCCCUCGCACACGAGUCCGCCCAACGGACUUUUCAAUACUGA